AUGUCCACUCCGCCGCAGACAAACGACGCGUCAUCGUCACGCAGCACCAUGGACAGUAUUUCUCUGCCUGUAUCCGGUAAGAAAGGUAAGCUGUCUGCACACGAGAGGCAAGCGCAAGUCAUUUCAAAACUGCUCGCCAACCCGGACAAGGAGAUUCGCAUCCCUCAAGGUCCCAAGGAAAAGUCGAUACGACCGCCACGCGAUGUCAUGAAGAACGUGACGGGCUCGAGCGCAGGUGCAGGGUCGGGCGAGUUUCACGUCUACAAGCAGCAGCGUCGGCGAGAGUACGAACGCAUUCAACUCAUGGAGGAGCAGAAUCAGAAGCUCAAGGAACAAGAAGAGUUUGAACGAAAGCGCGCACAAGUCCAGCACAAAGACGAAGCAAAAACAGACAAGAACCGCGCAAAGCGUGAGAAGAAGAAGCUCGCCGCUCUCAAAGCACAGGCAGCAGCCAAGGGCAAAGAUGCGUCGAAGCCAACGUCUGCCCAGAAAGGAGACCAUACCGAGCCCGAGGCGAAGAGGCAACGCUUACACAAUGAAGCAGUUCACCGAAUCGAGUUCCGGCACAAAGACGAGUCGGACGACGGCGACGGUGAAGAGGCAUGA